AUGGCAUCUAAUACUAGAAUACCGUGCGGUCCAUGUGCAUAUGAAAGCAUUAAAAAUCUUGCGACGAAGUGGUGCACCCAUUGCGUAGAGGGAUUUUGUACAGAUUGUGAGAAAAGCCAUAGAUCGUUAAAACUGACAAGGGAUCACAAGUUGAUAGCCAUCGAAGACUACUUGAAAAUUCAAGAUGUUUCGGUUGGUCUGACCUGUAAAACCCAUGGAAAAAAUCUCGAUUUAUUUUGCAAAUUUCAUAGUGUUGCCAUAUGUGGUGUUUGCGUUCCAUCUGCACAUAAAACUUGUCGGGUUGAUGAUAUCAUUUCAAUAGACGAUGCUGCUGAAAAUGCAAAAAGGUCAGCUGCACUUGCAGAAUUAGAGAUUACAAUAUCUAGAACAUUAGAACACGUAAGACACUGUCUUAAAAACCGAUUAUCGGCAUCAGCAAAAAUCGAUACAGAGGAACAAAUGAUUAAAAAUACUAUCCUGCAAACAAAACUAAAGCUCAUCAAACAUUUAGAUGCACUAGAAGAAAAACUUCUCCUGGAACUCAGACUGAAAAUUGAAAACUAUAAGGCAAAACACAGUAACAUUUUGAAAAAAUUAAACCACGAAGCUAAGGAGUUUGAAAAAAUAAAGGAACAGACACAACAAAUGAAACUGUUUGCGUCUGACCUUCAAGUAUUCCUUGGCACAUGUCAGAUGAACAAAAUUAUCAUGGAAAAAAUUAAAAUAUUAAAAGUCGAAAUAGGCCAAGAACAGAACUAUACAAUUGAAAUGAAAUUAAAUUCUGUGAUCAGUUUACUGAUAAAUAAGGUCAAGCAGUUUGGCGAAAUACACAUUACCGUAAGGAAUGCCGAUAUGCAGAUUAAAGAUGCUAUGAAUGACCAGGCACAAAUACAAGUUCGAGGGUCAAUGAGAAAUAUUUUAGAUACCAAUCUUCACUUAAAGAUGAAAUUUGGUAUAAGAUCGCAGGGCCAAAUCACAGGGUGUCUAAUCAUGUCUAAUGAAAGAAUUUUGAUUGCAGCAACAUUUCAAUUGAUUGAGUACGAUAGCAGUGGAAAAUAUGUUCGUGACGUAUCGACCUCAAAUUAUCCAUACGAUCUAACAGAAAUAGAUCCAGACCGAAUUGCUGUAACGUACCCACGUGCUAAUCAAAUUGAAAUUUUGAACAUUAAGAAAAAUUCUGUUGAGACAAAGAUAGGAUGUAUAAAAAGCUGCUACGGAAUAUCACACCAUAGUGGGAGAAUCUUUACUGCGGUUAAAGGAAUUGGGAUAAUGAUGAUGGACAUUACUGGCAAUAUUUUAGGAACAAUCCCCAUCAAUACCUGGGCUAUUUGUUGUAUAGCUGGUUCCGAGGACAAACUAUACUAUACAGACCAGGAUCACAAUACAGUUAACUGCUGUAAUUUUGAGGGGAAAAUAAUCUGGAUUUUUGAAAAAGAAUCUGUAAACUUUUUGACAGGUUUAACUGUAGACAACAAUCAGAACGUAUAUGUUUUAGGUCGUGUUUCUAACAAUCUUACACUUAUACAACACGACGGGAAACAGAGUAAAGAGAUUUUAAAUGUCAGUGAUGGCCUUUGUGCACCGCUGGCUGUUUGCUACAACAAAACAAAUAAUUCACUACUCUUAGGCUACAAAACAAAUAACAUUGCUUUGUAUCAAGUAUCAUAA